AUGCAUAUUCUGGUCACCGGAGCCGCCGGCUUCAUCGGAAGUCACACAGUGCUCGAACUUCUCCAGUCCGGCUACACCGUGCUGUGCAUCGACAACUUUGCCAACGCAAUCUCGGGUAUGCUCCCAUUGCUUCCGCUUCUAACCCACCAGCUCCGCCCCGAUCUAUCCGCUUCUCUCCUUUCAAUCUGCAGUUACAGACGAGCACGGAAACGCAAUCUCUCUGAAGCGCGUGGCCGAAAUCACCGGAAAAGCGGUGCCGUUCCAGAAUGUGGACGUCUGUGACGAGGCGGCGUUGGAGAAGGUGUUCUCUGAAAACAAGUUCGACGGAGUCAUCCAUUUGGCCGCUCUGAAAGCUGUCGGAGAGUCUGUGGCCAAGCCACUUCAGUACUAUUCCAACAACUUGGUCGCCAGUCUCAAUCUCAUUCAGGUUUUCAGAGUUUACAUUUCUAGAGUUCACAGAAUCUUUGUUUCAGAUGUGUCUAAAGUACAACGUGAAGAACUUUGUCUUCUCCUCAUCGGCGACCGUCUACGGCCCACCGUCCGAGUUGCCGAUCACCGAAAACAGCUCGACGGGCCAGGGCAUCACAAACCCGUACGGACAGACCAAGUACAUGAUGGAGCAGAUUCUGAUCGACGUCGGAAAGGCGAACCCCGACUGGAACGUCGUCCUUCUCCGCUACUUCAACCCGGUCGGCGCGCACAAGUCGGGACUGAUCGGUGAGGAUCCGAAGGGCGUUCCGAACAACCUGAUGCCCUACGUGAGCCAAGUGGCCAUCGGGAAACUGCCCGUACUCACCAUCUACGGCGACAAGUUCGACACGGUCGACGGGACUGGCGUGCGGGACUACAUUCAUGUGGUCGACUUGGCAAAGGGACACGUGAAGGCGUUCGACCGCAUCAAACACGCAGGAACGAUCGGAACUGAAAUUUAUAACCUUGGCACUGGCGUCGGUUAUUCCGUCAAACAAAUGGUCGACGCGUUGAAGAAAGUCAGCGGAAAAGAGAUUCCUGUCAAGGUAGGAAACACCAGAAUUUCAGAAAAAUACCAAAAUUUUCAGAUCGGAGUGCCGCGCCCUGGUGACGUGGCUUCUGUCUACUGCGACCCAUCGCUGGCCCACGAGAAACUGGGCUGGAAGGCCGAGAACGGACUGGAAGAGAUGUGCGCCGAUCUCUGGAACUGGCAGACCAAGAAUCCGAAUGGAUUUUCUUCGGCAUAA